GUCUUUUUCACAUGUCCUUUAAAGACAGAACUCAUGAGUUUCAUGCCAUGUGUGAGCGUAUGCGCUCUCGCUCACAAACACCUACUUCUUUACUCGAGCGAAGAGCCCUUUUAUCUCCUGAAGAAACAACCGUAAAGAAAACAACGCAUACUCGCUCCGAGUUUUCUUUGAUGGCAGCAGAAAUUAGUCGACAGAUUACCAAUACAGCAGGAAAACUAGAGAAACUGACCAGAUUGGCUAAACGAAAGACACUUUUUGACGACAAGCCUGUCGAAAUUAGUGAAUUGACAUUUAUUAUUAAGCAAGAUAUUGCAAAGUUAAACAAGCAAAUUGCUAUGCUACAGGACUAUACAAAACACCAGAAACAACACUCGAAACAAGCAACCGAGCAUACAUCCAACGUCGUUGUGGCCUUACAGAGUAAAUUAGCAGACACAAGCAUGACAUUUAAAGAUGUAUUGGAAAUCAGAACAGAGAAUAUGAAAAUGUCCAAAGAUAAGCGAGAUCAAUUUUUGUUUACAGCAGCAGAACAAUCAGCAGAAGCCCAAAUGGCCAAUUCACCCUUAAUGAAGACACGUCGCCGUGGAUUAGAUACGCCUUCUGAUGUAGCAAUACAAGAACAAGAACAAGAACAAGAAUCUACAUUAUCACUUGGUAUACCCAUGAUCACACAACAACAGCAACAACAAAUGAUGGUAAUGGAACAAGAUAGAUAUAUUGACCAUCGUUCUUCUGCUAUUGAAAGUAUUGAGAGUACAAUAGCUGAAUUAGGCAGUAUUUUUCAACAAUUGGCUACCAUGGUAGCAGAACAAAGAGAGACAGUACAAAGAAUUGAUCAAAAUACAGAUGAUAUUGAAAUGAACGUAAUGGGAGCUCAAAGAGAACUAUUGAAAUACUACUCUAGUAUUAGUUCUAAUCGUUGGCUUAUUAUCAAAAUAUUUGUUACUAUUGUCUUCUUCUUUCUUGUGUUUACUUUUGUUAUGUAACACUAAGAAUAAAGUGACUAUUUUUAUGUCUUAGAC